AGGUGCUCUCUAAACAAGAUUUGAUUUCACGCUAUUCGAGUUCUCAGCUCCUUUAUUCUUUGUUUUGGUUUUCGUUCAGUCUCAGGACUUUUAUCCCUUCACCACUUCAUGUCUGCCUCACCCUCCUCACCUUCUUCCCACUCGGCCAUCCUUUCACCUUCCCCUCAUCCACAGGAAGCUGAAGAGGAGAAUUCUAAGCCAGCCCGCGCCCAUACUAGUAUACCGUUGCCAGAUGUUAUUAGUAUCAAGGUGCACUUUCGCAAAGGUCAGCCACGAGUCCGCUGCCGUGUAUCCAAGGACCUUCCCCUACCCACCUUUCGCCACAGGAAGACGGAGGACUCAUAUGGCGUAUUGACCGCCCGCAUUAAAACUGCACUUGCAGGAGUCAAUGGCUUAGAGUGGCCAUCUGGAGGACACCCCUACAUACAGCCAACACACACGACUACCCAACAAAAUUACCAGGAACUGAACGAGGACAACUUCAAUGAGUUUAUUGCAAAGGCAUGGCGUUCAGAAGCAAGGCGCUUGGAGAAUCCAGCUGAUAUCUUUAUCAACGUCUAUGUCUAUUUGUCAGUACCAGCGAAACGUGCAACCACCGGCAAUCGCAAUAACAUCCAACGAGCAUCUAGAUCACGUAUCGAGGCAGCACACACCAUCAUUGCUUCAGCAGUGGAACGACGGACACUUCCAGAACUUGGCCCUAUCACCGUUGCUCAUUACGCUCGUCAUCUUGCUCGUCAGCCAAGCUUACCUGCAGAAAGAGAAGUCCUCACACUACCAGAGACAAACACUUUCCGUCAAACACAGCACCUUGACGAACAAGUUCAUAGCCAUAACCUCAAAAGACAGGCAGCGGAAGAUGAACAGCAGGAAGAGUUCAGGACUAUCAAAUUGAAGGUGAAUGGAACGGUUGUCUGCUAUGAAAUCGAGUUGCGUAGCUUGAGAGCAGCCCUGAAUUUACCAAACUUCGACUUGAACGGUCUCGCCAACUUCGCACAAGAUCAGAUAGCUCUCCCGGAGGAUGACAUGGAUGAUAUAGACCAUGCAGAAGAUUAAAAGCCGAGAAGUUUAUUACCCUC